GUAUAGGGAUAUAAAGGAAGCAGAUUCAAGAAUAGGUUUCAAACAAAGCAGAUGCUUUAGGAAACAAGACGUUCUGGAAAGUCAGCUCCCAAAACCUUCAAAACGAAAAGGUGUUGCUUCUUCUGAAUUGGCUUUGGGUCUUCAAGCAGCCUAGUCCAGCAGUUGGUUUAUAUAGGAAAGGGCAAAGAUAGAUUACUGUUCCAAGCUAGGAUAUGCAAAAGGGACCUAUGGAAAAGUGGCCUAGAGAAAAAGAAAGAGCUUUCUAAAUCAGAAACAAAAGCAAUGUAUAAAGAGGACUCAUCUGAAUGUUUAAGCAGAAGCUAGACCCCUCUCUAUCAAGGAGUCUUUAAUUUGGUCUUGUGCACUGAGCAGUGAUGUGCCCUAAAUGAAUUCUUCUGCCUCUUCUGAGAAAUGAUGUCUACACCGCCUUUAGCAGGGCCAGGAUUGCCUUCUGGUCCAUUUUCUGGGCCUCAGGGUCAGGCUGCACGAGAAGUGAACACAGCUUCGUUGUGUCGCAUUGGUCAAGAGACUGUGCAAGACAUUGUAUUCCGCACUAUGGAAAUCUUCCAACUGUUAAGAAAUAUGCAACUUCCAAAUGGUGUUACCUAUCAUACGGGCACAUAUCAAGACAGAUUAGGAAAGCUGCAAGAACAUCUGCGCCAACUCUCAAUACUGUUUCGGAAACUGAGAUUAGUGUACGAUAAGUGCAAUGAAAAUUGUGCAGGACUUGAACCUAUUCCAAUAGAGCAGCUCAUUCCUUAUGUGGAAGAGGAUGGCUUUAAACAUGAUGAUCGAGGAGCCACCAAUCAGCUACUCUUUGCUAGUGAAGAAAGACGGGAAAUCAUGGAAGUUAUCAAGAAACUGAAACAGAAGAAUCAACAGCUGAAGCAAAUCAUGGAUCAAUUGCGGAAUCUCAUUUGGGACAUAAAUGCCAUGUUAGCAAUGAGGAACUGAAUACGUUUUCUUUCUUUCUCAUUAUAAUAUUUGAUGUUAUUUGUUACAGAAGAAUAACUUUUUAAAGAAGACUUGGAGGGGGGAAGGGUAUCUUAUUUUUCCCCCCAAAAUGUUUUGAAACAGCGAGACCCACAGGUAUUCGAUUGUACCUUAAAUAAUCAUGUAUAUAUUUGUUAUAUUUUGGUUAUGUAUAUUUAAUCCCUGAAGUUCUAGACAGCGAAUAAAUUCAAUGUGAGCUUUAAUUUUCA